AAAUAUAAAUAUGAAGAAGUUUUCCCAUCCCAUAACCAUUAAUCCGAAUGCCAAACAUUUCCCCGACUCGUUGGCAAACGUUUUGUUCAGCAUGGAAAAACUUGAAGGCAUAGCACUCGCUUGGCCCACUUGCAAGGGCAACUCCAGAAGGAAGCAGGACCUCAGAAGCAAGCAGGACUGCUCCUUUCCGGAAGUUCCCUUAGCCAAGACUCCAUCUAGCCUCUAUCCGUUUCCUCAGAGACGGCCAGGUGGUUGGUAUGAGAACAGCAGCCUAGCUCAUAGCAAAAACACAUUUUAUCAGCUUCUGCAAGAAAACCAAGAUCCAGAUUCGGUGCGGAAGGUGCCACCGAUGCCGGUCUAUUAUCCCAUGGGAAAUCGUGUGGAUAUCAGAAAUAUGAACUAUACGAGAAGGUUGCCCAAUGACGGCAAAGUGUAUGCCAACAACAAUCCCUAUCUGGCAGUGAAUCACAUCCACAAAAUCGAAAGGCUACCUAAGCCUCCUAGUUCUUCAGUGGCAUCAAAUGUGCCGACAAUUUCCAAUUCACAAGAUUUUGUACUCAGUUCUUCGUCGCAAAUGUUUGAACCCAAACCAAAUUCGAUUCGUAAAUUAACACAGCAUAAAAAGAGCACAGGAAAACCAAAAAGGAAGCGAGGAAAACAAAGUAAACGAAGUAAUGCAUCGAACUUAUUGAAGGAGCAGGCAAAACAGUGGGACACGGUCAGUCUUGCCCGCUCAAAGAAAUCGCAAAAGUCGGAAACAGCCUCUAUUGCCCCCUCAAUGCUCGAGGAAAUUGUUAUCGCUGAGAAGCAGUCAUUGCAUCCGAUCAGAAGCGGUUUGAUAGUCAAACCCUAUGAACAACGUCUCGAAGACAGUCAAAACGAUCAAGGGGAGCAUCGAAGAAGCAUCCUAAGAGAGAACAGGAGUCGUGUAGAGAUACAUAAUAGAGGGGAAGAAACUCCUACACCGUCCUAUGAAGAGCAGCUGACUCAGCUUAAGGAAAUUCUUCAAGCAGACACUUUCUUGCAAAAUUCCAACCAUGAUAUAGACAUUGAAAAUAUUGUACCAACUGAUGUACUUCAUUAUCCAUAUCCUAUGUUCGAUGAAGAUACUCCCAAAGUUGAGAGUUUAGUGCAAACGAAGAGUGAAAUCCACUCGAAGCAGAAGUUGGGUGCACGGAAAACGGGGGAACCCUUGGAGAAGAUAGUUCCACCAAAGAAAACUGACUGUUGCAUUUGCCAGAGGUUGCAUCGCAGACAGACGAAGGAUGCGCCCUUCAUGGCGGAGAUGAUGAGGGAGCAAAAGCGGCAGGAGUUGCUGGCAUACCGCAACAAAAUGUUGGCUGCCAAUCCCAGUCAUAGUGGUAGCACGUGGUGCAAGACUCUGGACAACAACGAUCAAAUUGUUCAUCAAUUAGUUUCAUAG